ACUUAUCCUAACUUCUUUUGAAGUCAUUGCCAUCUAUUUUGGAACGUGUCAUUUCAAGUUUUGCCUUGCUAUAGGUUUUGUGGCCAUAAUAACAUGUUUCAAGACCAGCGAGCCACAAGCCCAGAAGUUCAGAAGUAGCCCAGAGAAGAAGAAAAAAACAGUCCUGCCCUUUCUGAAGAUUUCCUGUUUCAUGAAAAGUGCAUACAUACUGUCUGACUCAUAUACGACAAGUUCUGCCUGCACUAUUUACUUUUCUAACCGGACGCUGCUUGAGAGACGCAUGAGAGCAACAGGCAGACCCGAAGAAACCCCCCGAAGAACGUCUCAAAUUAAAGUCUGGAUAUUUACUUUUAUCAAGGCUUUAGUAAAUGAAAAGAAGAGGAGUUUAUAGUCCGUUUCUAAAUGGAGCUACUUCGUUUUUCCGCUUUCUGGUGGGGAACGAUAAUGUUUGGUAGUAUUCUGCUAGAACAGAAAAUGGCCUCAUCAAUGACUAUGCUGAAGCUGAAGCUUCUGUGUAAGUUCUGUGACGUUGAGUCUACCAGCUGUACGGGCACAGGGAACUGUAUGGCCGACUGUAGCAUCACAUCCAUCUGCCCCCAUCCAGAGGACGUGUGUGUCAGCAUCUGGAGGAAGAAAGACGACAAUGUCACCAUAGACACGAUAUGCCACAACCCAGCCCAUAAGCUGCAUGGUCUGGUGCUGGAGGACUAUAACAACAGCAAGUGUGAGAUGAGGGAGAGGAAUAACAUGGGCUCCCAGUUCUUCAUCUGCUCCUGCUCCGAGGACGAGUGCAACGACCACCUUUUCUUCACCCCCUACUCCCAGGUGGUGUCGGUGAUCCUGGUCAGCCUGGUUCCUCUGCUGGUUCUGGCCGUGCUGGUCAUCACAUCCUUCUAUUGGUACCGCAUCUACCACCAGCGCCGCGCCGGUGCCAAGCGCAAGAAGACGCCGCUCGACUUCAGUGAUGCCCACGCCAUCAUGAUGGACGACGACGGCUCGGACAGCAGCUCCACGCACGCCAACAACCUCAACCACAACACGGAGCUCCUCCCCAUCGAGCUGGACGCCCAGGUGGGAAAGGGCCGCUUCGCCGAGGUCUACAAGGCCAAGCUGAAGCAGGGCGCCACGGGGGCUGGCGAACACUUCGAGACCGUCGCCGUCAAAAUCUUUGCAGAUGAGGAAUAUGCCUCGUGGAAGAACGAGAAGGACAUAUUCUCGGACGCCGACCUGCGCCACGAGAACGUCCUGCACUUCCUGACCGCAGAGGACCACAAGGUGGAGAAACAGUAUUGGCUGAUCACGGCCUACCACCCCCGGGGCAACCUCCAGGAGUACCUGACGCGCCACGUCAUCAGCUGGGACGACCUGUGGUUGCUGGGGGGGUCGCUGGCAAGGGGCGUGGCCCACCUACAUAGUGACCACACGUUGUGUGGACGCUACAAGGUGCCCAUCGUCCACCGGGACAUCAAGAGCUCCAACAUCCUGGUGAAGGGGGACCUCACCUGUGUCCUGUGUGACUUCGGACUGGGUCUGCGUCUGGACAACUCGCUGUCUGUGGACGAGCUGGCCAACAGUGGACAGGUGGGCACUGCCAGGUACAUGGCCCCUGAGGUGCUGGAGUCCAGAAUCAACCUGGAAAACAUUGAGUCGUUCAAGCAGACAGACGUUUACUCCAUGGCCCUGGUACUGUGGGAGAUCACCUCCAGGUGCAAUGCCAUUGGAGAGGUGAAGGACUACGAGCCACCCUUCGGUAAGGUGAGGGAGCACCCGUGUGUGGAGAGUAUGAAGGACAGCGUUCUCAGAGACAGAGGGAGGCCAGAGAUCCCCAACAGCUGGAUCAACCACCCAGGCAUCCAGGUGGUGUGCGGCACCAUAGACGAGUGCUGGGACCACGACCCCGAGGCCAGGCUAACUGCUCAGUGUGUGGCCGAACGCUUCAAUGACAUGGAGCACCCAGACAAGCUGUCUGGACGCAGCAAUUCCGAGGAAAAGAUCCCCCAGGAUGUCUCUGUGACAGAGAUUGAAGAGAUUGAGAAGUAGGAAGUAUGCCUCAGAAACUACAAUGCCCCCUGCUGGGGAGGCUGAUAACUGCAAGCAACCAAGCAGCUGAGAGAGAUUCAAGUGGAGAGUCUGUGUAUGUGCUCUGUGUAUUUGUCCUGCUUGUGACUCCGAGGAGCAAACAGAUUGGAUGUGGUGGGUCAUGCAUGUAAAAGGUAACAAAACUGACCAAUCAGAAAGGAAGUGAUCGUGUUUUUAAAGAUUUACAGCAGCUGCUCCAAAGACGGAUCAAAGCCAUGACUGGACUGGGGAAAAUAUACAGCUUUCGUAACUAAAUGCUGUUUGCACUUUAUUAAUAGCUAUGCAUACCAAACUGUGUAUAUUCCGUUACUGUAUAUUCGUGAUGACAAUACAGUGCAGUUAUAGGAAAGAGGGUUGCCAAUGUGGAAAAGUGAGAGAGCAGUCAAUACUGGUAACACUAAUAACAUCUUAGCCAGUUUUCGGACUGGGUGUUUUUGACAUUUUUAAAGGUGGCAUUGGAUGACAAAAGGGACUGGAGGAUGGCGCAAUAUAAAAAAAAAACAAGGUGAAAGUUUCAUUUCAUGGAAAUGAUAAAAAGGACCGAGCGAUGAAAUAGAAAAUGAUUCCAGGCCAAUAAGCCCAGGGGGAAAUGCUGAUAUCAUAUCCCAAGGACUAUGAACUGUAAAUGAAAGACUGAAUUCAGCCCUAGAUGAGAAAAAGGGGAAUAGAGAUAUUACUCAGAGGAACCCGGAGCUAUAAAAGAAAGUGUAUUUAAUCAACGGAGAAUGAUAAAGGGAAUCAAGCUAUCAUAACAAAAGGACUGAACUGGAAGUACUGUACAUGGAGUUUCUGCCCAGCAGUAACUGAUACAAGACAUUUAAAUAUAAUGACAAGGAAGGGGACUUGAUCCUUUCUCAAUUAAAGAUCUCUAAACCCUGUCUAUGUAUAAUAUUAAAAGCCUUCAUUAAAGAUUUUCAGUAUUCUACUCUUUUAAA